AAUAGGGUUUGGAUUCCUGAUCCUGAAGAAGUUUGGAAAUCUGCUGAAAUAGUCAAGGACUACAAAGUUGGCAACAGAGUCCUGCAACUCCGGCUGGAGGAUGGAACGGAGCUGGAGUAUCCUGUCAAUCCGGAGUCUCUGCUGCCACUUCGGAAUCCGGACAUCCUCGUGGGCGAGAAUGACCUCACGGCACUUAGCUAUCUUCAUGAGCCCGCAGUGCUCCACAACCUCAGGAUCCGCUUUGCAGAGUCCAAACUCAUUUACACCUACAGUGGGAUCAUCUUGGUGGCCAUGAACCCUUACAAGCAGUUGCCUAUAUAUGGAGAUGCCAUCAUCCACGCCUACAGUGGGCAGAACAUGGGAGAUAUGGACCCGCACAUAUUUGCUGUAGCUGAAGAGGCAUACAAGCAGAUGGCCAGGAACAAUAAAAAUCAGUCAAUAAUUGUAAGUGGGGAGUCGGGUGCUGGGAAGACGGUUUCCGCACGCUAUACCAUGAGGUACUUUGCCACUGUCAGCAAGUUGAGCAGUAACACUCACGUGGAAGACAAGGUUCUGGCAUCUAAUCCCAUAACUGAGGCUGUGGGAAACGCCAAGACCACCCGCAAUGACAACAGUAGUCGGUUUGGGAAAUAUACAGAAAUCAGUUUUGAUGUGAGAAAUCAAAUUAUAGGAGCUAAUAUGAGAACUUACCUGCUGGAGAAAUCCAGAGUUGUCUUUCAAUCAGAAAAUGAACGCAAUUAUCACAUCUUCUAUCAGCUUUGUGCAUCUGCGCAGCAGCCGGAAUUUAAACUCCUUAAACUCGGGAGUGCGGAUGAAUUUAAUUAUACGCGGAUGGGAGGCAAUCCUAUCAUUGAGGGUGUGAACGACAGAGCCGACAUGGUUGAGACUCAGAAGACCUUCUCUUUGUUGGGUUUCAAAGAAGAUUUUCAGAUGGAUAUUUUUAAGAUCCUGGCAGCUAUCCUACACCUGGGCAAUGUGCAGAUCACAGCGGUGGGCCACGAAAGGUCCUCAGUCAGUGAGGAGGACACUCACCUGAAGGUGUUCUGUGAGCUCUUGGGCCUGGAGACUGGAAAAUUGUCUCAAUGGUUGUGCAAUCGCAAGAUCAUCACAAGCUCAGAGACGGUGGUGAAACCUAUGACCAGGUCCCAGGCUGCCAACGCCAGGGACGCGCUGGCCAAAAAGCUCUACGCCCACUUGUUCAACUUCAUUGUGGAGAAAAUUAACCAAGUGUUGCAGUUUUCAGGCAAGCGGCACACUUUUAUUGGUGUUUUGGACAUUUAUGGUUUUGAAACCUUUGAUGUGAACAGCUUUGAACAGUUUUGUAUCAAUUAUGCUAAUGAAAAAUUGCAACAACAGUUUAACCUGCAUGUCUUUAAACUUGAACAAGAAGAAUAUAUGAAGGAAGAUAUCCCUUGGACUCUGAUAGAUUUUUAUGACAACCAGCCAGUUAUUGACUUGAUUGAAGCAAAAAUGGGCAUUUUGGAUUUACUGGAUGAAGAAUGCUUGUUGCCGCAUGGAACUGAUGAAAACUGGCUUCAAAAGCUGUAUAAUAAUUUUGUCAACAAAAACAUCUUAUUUGAAAAACCCAGAAUGUCCAACACGUCUUUCAUCAUCCAGCACUUUGCUGACAAGGUAGAGUACAAAUGUGAAGGUUUUCUUGAGAAGAACAGAGACACAGUCUAUGACAUGCUGGUUGAAAUCCUGAGAGCAAGCAAGUUUCACCUCUGUGUCAGCUUUUUUCAAGAAAAUCCAGUUCCGUCUUCUCCAUUUGGUUCAACGAUCACAGUAAAAUCUGCAAAACACGUCAUCAAGGCGAACAACAAGCAUCUCCGGACCACAGUUGGGAACAAGUUCCGCAGCUCUCUGUACCUACUCAUGGAGACCCUCAAUGCAACCACGCCCCACUACGUCCGGUGCAUCAAGCCAAACGAUAAGAAAUUACCCUUUGAAUUUGACUCCAAGAGAAUUGUUCAGCAGCUGCGAGCCUGCGGCGUUUUGGAGACAAUUCGCAUUAGCGCACAGAGCUACCCUUCCAGGUGGACGUACAUCGAGUUCUAUAGUCGCUAUGGCAUCCUCAUGACCAAGCAGGAGCUUUCCUUCAGUGACAAGAAGGAGGUGUGCAAAGUGGUCUUACACAGGCUCAUCCAGGAUUAUAAUCAGUACCAGUUUGGUAAAACCAAAAUUUUCUUCAGAGCAGGACAAGUGGCUUAUUUAGAGAAACUCCGGUUAGAUAAACUGAGACAGGGUUGUGUUGUGAUCCAAAAGCAUAUCCGUGGCUGGCUCCAGAGGAAAAAGUUCCUCCGAGAGAAACAAGCUGCCCUGAUAAUCCAGCAGUACUUCCGGGGUCAGCACACUGUGAGGAAAGCUAUUACCGCAACAGCCUUAAAAGAAGCCUGGGCAGCCAUCAUCAUUCAGAAGUAUUCCCGUGGGUAUCUUGUUCGCAGUUUGUACCAGCUGAUACGUGUGGCCACCAUCACGAUCCAGGCCUACACCCGGGGAUUCCUGGCGAGGAGGAGAUAUAGAAAGAUGCUGGAGGAACAUAAGGCUGUGAUCCUCCAGAAACAUGCCCGGGCCUGGCUGGCCAGACGCAGAUUCCAGAAUAUCCGGCGAUUCGUGUUGAACAUUCAGCUUACUUACAGGGUCCAGCGUUUGCAGAAAAAGCUGGAAGAUCAGAACAAAGAGAGCCACGGAUUGGUGGAGAAACUAACGAGCCUAGCAGCUCUUCGAGCCAGUGAUGUGGAGAAAAUUCAGAAACUGGAGCUGGAACUAGAAAGAGCAGCCACUCACAGACAAAACUAUGAGGAGAAGGGCAAGAGAUACAAAGACACUGUGGAAGAGAAAUUGGCAAAGCUUCAGAAGCAUAAUUCAGAACUAGAGAUACAAAAAGAACAACUACAGUUCAAUCUUCAAGAGAAGAAUGAAGAGUUGAAAGAGAAAAUGGAUGACCUCACCAAGCAGCUCUUUGACGACGUGCAAAAAGAAGAACGACAAAGACUACUUGUUGAAAAAAGUUUUGAACUGAAAACACAAGACUAUGAGAAGCAGAUUCAGUCGUUGAAAGGAGAAAUUCAAGCUCUCAAGGAUGAGAAAAUGCAACUCCAACUUCAGCUGGAGGAAGAGCGUGUCACCUCCGGUGGCUUGAAGGGGGAGGUGGCCCGACUGACCAAGCAGACAAAGACAAUCUCUGAGUUUGAAAAGGAGAUAGAGCUGCUUCAGACACAGAAGAUAGAUGUGGAAAAACAUGUGCAGUCACAAAAACGGGAAAUGAGAGAAAAGAUGUCAGAAAUCACAAAACAACUUCUUGAAAGCUAUGACAUAGAAGAUGUAAGAAGCAGGCUCUCUGUGGAAGAUUUGGAACAUUUAAAUGAAGAUGGAGAACUUUGGUUUGCUUAUGAAGGACUAAAGAAAGCAACACGUGUUUUGGAAAGUCAUUUCCAGUCCCAGAAGGACUGCUAUGAAAAAGAGAUUGAAGCCUUGAACUUCAAAGUGGUGCAUCUAAGUCAAGAAAUCAACCACCUGCAAAAAGUAUUUAGAGAAGAGAAUGACAUCAACGAAAGUAUCCGUCACGAAGUUACCAGGCUGACGUCAGAAAACAUGAUGAUUCCAGACUUUAAACAGCAAAUUUCAGAACUGGAGAAACAGAAACAAGAUCUUGAAAUCCACCUGAAUGAACAAACUGAAAAAAUGAGAGGAAAACUAGAGGAAUUGUCUAAUCCAUUGAAUAACACCCAUGAAGGGACACGGAGAAAAACGCAAGAAGUCCUGAAUGAAAUCCACACCAAAGAACAAGAGAAGCUCAUCAGUAAGAUUCAAGAAAUGCAGGAGGUCAGCGAACAUUUGAAGAAACAAUUUGAAACUGAAAGUGAAGUCAAGAGUAGUUUCCUGCAGGAAGCAUCCCGCCUCACUAUGGAAAACAGAGAUCUUGAAGAAGAGUUAGACAUGAAGGAUAGAGUGAUUAAAAAGCUACAAGAUCAAGUCAAGACUUUAACCAAAACAAUUGAAAAAGCCAAUGAUGUGCACUUAUCUUCAGGACCCAAAGAGUACCUCGGAAUGCUGGAAUACAAGAGGGAAGAUGAAGCCAAGCUCAUUCAGAACCUCAUUCUUGACUUGAAGCCUCGUGGUGUGGUGGUAAACAUGAUCCCUGGGUUGCCAGCUCACAUCCUGUUCAUGUGCAUACGCUAUGCAGACUCCCUCAAUGAUGCCACUAUGCUGACGUCCCUCAUGAACAGCACCAUUAACGGCAUCAAGCAUGUGGUGAAGGAACAUUUAGAAGACUUUGAGAUGCUGUCCUUUUGGCUCUCCAAUACUUGUCAUUUUCUCAAUUGUCUGAAGCAAUACAGUGGGGAAGAGGAAUUCAUGAAGCAUAACAGUCCACAUCAGAAUAAGAACUGCUUGAGCAAUUUUGACCUUUCAGAAUAUAGACAAAUUCUUAGUGAUGUGGCUAUACGAAUAUAUCACCAGUUCAUUAUCGUAAUGGAAAAUAACAUUCAACCAAUAAUAGUGCCAGGCAUGCUGGAGUAUGAGAGUCUGCAGGGCAUUUCGGGUCUGAAGCCUACAGGCUUCCGGAAGCGGUCCUCCAGCAUAGAUGACACAGAUGCCUAUACAAUGACCUCUGUCCUGCAGCAGUUAAGCUACUUCUACAGCACCAUGUGCCAGAACGGCCUGGACCCCGAGCUUGUGAGGCAGGCUGUGAAGCAGCUCUUCUUCUUGAUUGGGGCAGUGACCCUGAACAGCCUCUUACUACGCAAGGACAUGUGCUCUUGCAGAAAAGGGAUGCAAAUAAGGUGCAACAUCAGCUUCUUAGAAGAAUGGCUUAAAGAUAAGAAUUUGCAGAACAGCUUAGCCAAGGAAACUUUGGAACCUCUCUCGCAAGCAGCCUGGUUGCUUCAGGUCAAGAAAGCCACGGACAGUGAUGCCAAGGAGAUCUACGAACGCUGUACCUCACUGUCUGCUGUGCAGAUCAUAAAGAUCCUUAAUUCAUACACCCCUAUAGACGACUUCGAGAAAAGAGUGACUGCAUCCUUUGUUCGCAAAGUACAGGCUCUCCUAAAUAGCCGGGAGGAAUCAUCACAGCUGCUGUUGGAUACCAAAUAUCUCUUUCAAGUCACAUUUCCUUUCACCCCCUCCCCACAUGCUCUGGAAAUGAUCCAGAUCCCCAGCAGUUUCAAGCUGGGCUUUCUCAAUAGAUUGUAG